AUGGCCGUCAGAUUGCUGGGGACCAAUGCCUCUCCGGAUUGGACAGAUACUUUACAGUUUAUCUCUACACAAGUGAGCGGCACAAUGGAUUCUGUUCUUCUAUGUCUCCUGUUUCAAACACUUAUAUACUAUCUAUGGUGGGAAAGGAAUGCGCGCAGGCAUCAAACAAGCUGGACCUCUCUACAUCAGCUAAGUCGGCUUGUGGACAAGUCAAUGAGAAACAGGAUCUCCUCCUUAAAUUACAGAUGGCCUCAUAAGUUUGAGGGUCUGUUACGUCGCUGGUUCGAGAUAGUUCAACUGCCUUGA